CUUAUUGGUGCCGUGCUGUCCCUUCCGCUUCCAGUUUCUGGAAUCGGCGCCCUACACUUCCGGUGUAUCCCAAUACCGCUUCCCCCAGCUGGUAUCAUUGCACCGGUUAAUCCCUGACAGUCUCCGAGUCCUGGUUUCUUCUUUUUUCGCUUCUAUUUGUCCUACCCAACAUGAUGUCUCUCCUUUCCCGGCUUUUGGACUGGUUUCGCUCUCUCUUUUGGAAGGAGGAGAUGGAGCUCACGCUGGUCGGACUCCAGCACUCGGGAAAAACCACGUUCGUCAAUGUUAUAGCGUCAGGUCAGUUCAGCGAGGACAUGAUACCGACUGUUGGAUUCAACAUGCGCAAAGUGACAAAAGGCAACGUGACAAUAAAGAUCUGGGACAUCGGAGGCCAGCCUAGAUUCCGUAGCAUGUGGGAGCGCUACUGCCGUGGCGUUAACGCAAUAGUGUACAUGGUGGACGCCGCAGACCGAGAAAAGAUUGAAGCUUCCCGUAACGAGCUGCAUAAUCUUCUGGACAAACCUCAGUUACAGGGAAUUCCGAUUUUAGUGCUUGGUAACAAGCGUGAUCUUCACACUGCACUGGACGAGAAGCAGCUCAUCGAGAAAAUGAACCUUUCUUUGAUCCAGGACAGAGAAAUAUGCUGCUAUUCCAUUUCCUGCAAGGAGAAGGAUAACAUAGAUAUAACGUUACAGUGGCUGAUCCAGCAUUCCAAGUCACGACGCAGCUAAAAGGCUCUAUAGUGUUAAUCUGCUUCUCUGCACCCUGGGACCGUGCCCUUGCCUCACUGCUCUGCACACUUGGAUGUGCCUUCCUGGUCCAGCUCUGCAUCCUGAGAUGAGCGUUUCCAGUGACUGCUUUCAACUCAUCAUUGUCCUUUUCUUGCUUUAAUCUGUGACUGAGUGGAGGCAUUCUCCUCACCCUACUAGUUAACCCCACUCAUCAGCACUUUGCUCUUUACCUUCCAUUUAGUAAUUCUUUUCUACAACAAGUAGAGAACAAGUCUGUUCGUUCUUAGCCCUGCACCAUCCACUUCUCUUUCUUUCUAUUAAACCCCUUUUCUCCACAAAGGAACGGAGGCUAUACUUAAGUAAUAACGCAACUUUCCUAGGGCCAUCUUUCCUUUUUCCCCACUCUAUCUCCACUUUGGAAUAAGCUCUUCUUAGGCUGACACUUACUGUUUCCCUCUCUGCUUUCCAUUCUGCAUUUAACGUAUUUGGUAUUUAAAUUUGGCUGCUCUUUCCUCCUUUCUUGUCAUUUUGUUUUCGCACCUGCAUCCCAGUUUGUCUCUCGAUUGUGAAAUUCUUUUCUUUCCUCUACAUUUUUAUGGAUAAUUCUGGAAUUUUAUUCAUGUUACUGCAUUGUUCAAUUGUCUCCCUCUUCCCACACUGGAACACACCCUUUGUUCCAAUCUAGGAUGUGCUAUUUGCUUUCUGCAUGGAGAUUACAGCAAUGCUAGCAUCAGUUUGGAUAAUGUUCCUUGCUGAGAAUAAUGGAAGGCUGGCCUCUUCCUGCACUACAGAAGUCAUGACUAUUGUGUGUAGGAAGUUGCACUCCCUGGUGUUAAUGCAGGAAAUUGUGUACAUUUAUUACUAAACUUAUGUAAAUCAAUAAAUCUAUACAGAAAGCACUUUGAGAAGAACCGAGAGGCAAAAGUAAAGCUGCAGAAGAGCUGUAAUGUGUAAUGUGCCCAGGUACACGAGACUGUUCCUAACCCAGUGUUGUGGUUGUCAAUACUUCAUUUACCAAAUGGUAUUUGGGAGCUUUGCAUGGGUUCAUCUUUAUGUGCAAUGUAGGCAAAUCAAAGUAAUUUUUUGAGCUCUAGGUCAUUUGUUGGGCAUGCAAAAUUAAUGGCCUGCAGUGUGUAGGUCAAUUAUCAUGUAUCAUUUGGACUUGCAUUGCAGACGUGUGUGAUGGAGAAGUGCUAAGCAAUGUCAUGUGGUGUGUGCAGGGCAGUGACUUCCAUGCAGGGCAUUGUAUAUCCCUCAGUAUGCAGAGCAAUUAGCAGUAGGAAGAAAGCAUUCACACUGCAAAAUUCCCCUACCCUUCAGUCUGGUGGUCAGAUAUAACUGCAUCACUUGUACUGGUGGAGCUCCGUCCAGCUCCGUCUUCCAUUGCUGAGCCCCACUGUGACCUGCACAGAAGCCCGGCCCCUUUUUUCCCCCCCUUUAUCCCAAAAGGUAUAUGUGUUUGUGACACUGUAGAUUCUGCUGCAAUUAACUCACGGUACACUGCUGCUAUUUAUCAUUUGUUUGGCCUUUUUUUUGCUUGUGCCUAAAACAUGAGGAAAUCCACAUAAAUAGAUUGUUUACUCACUCUGCUUGCUCGGAAUCGGUCAACUAAAUAGUGUUGUUUUUUUGUUUUUUUUAAUCAUUUGUUACAAAACACCUUCGUGUCUCUCACGUGGUGCCUUAGGUUUCAGCAUCACUUAGUAAAGGGAAGGCAAACCUGGGGCCCUCCAGUUGUUGACAAAAUACAGUCACUGAAGGGUUACAGGGUUAUGUAUCCCACUAAUCGUGUUAUUUGCUCCAGACUCUUAACUGCCAUGGUUAUUACUAAUCCUUUUUCUUUGUGCAUGAGGGAUGUUCAUUAAGCCGUGGUGAAACCCAAGGCUUCUGUCAGCUUUUGGGCUGAAUUCAUCUUCUGAAACAAGAAGUAUCUCCCAAAAUCUGGCAACCAUAUUUUUAAACCUAGGAUAACCUUGGAGGCUCCGUACCUGCCACCGUGGAUGUACCUGAAUCUUUACAACAUUAUGUCGAUCAUCAAUAUACUUUAUAUGGCGUUGGAAAAUUGAUAUCUUCCGCCUAUCUUGUACAAUAACGGUGAGCAUACUGUGGGUUUUCCAGCUGCCGGAUAGCGGGAGUUGAACAACUGAAUGGUCCUGGAAUACCUAGCUGUGUACCAGAAUGUGCUGCGUUUGUGGGUUUUAUAUGCUAUUUUAACUGUACAGACUUUUUGCUCCUAAAUCGGAAAGCUUAUUGUAUUUUAUUUAUGGAAAUAAUGUUGAUGAGAAAUCCAUUUUUAGCCUUGAGUCUGCACACUGAUGAGUUGUAGAUGACAUGUUUAAAAUAAACUGUGAUUCAUGAAA